AUGUGUACAUAUACGUGUACAUAUACAUAUACAUAUACGUAUACGUGUACAUAUACAUAUAUGUAUACGUGUACAUAUACAUAUACGUAUACGUGUACAUAUACAUAUACAUAUACGUAUACGUGUACAUAUACAUAUAUGUAUACGUGUACAUAUACAUAUACGUAUACGUGUACA